CGCCGCCCGGGCUCGCGCCCUGGGCUCCCCGGCCACCGCAGCCCCGGGCGCCCGGCAUGUCGGUGCACUACACCCUCAACCUGCGCCUCUUCUGGCCCCUGGUGACCGGCCUGUGCACCGCCCUCGUGUGCCUCUACCAUGUCCUGCGGGGGGACGGGGCGGCCAGGACCGAGCCCCCCGACGGCGCGGACAGUGGCUUCCCGCUGCUCAAGGUGGCCAUCCUGCUCCUGCUCGGCUAUGUCCUCCUGCGCUGUCGCCACGCUGUCCGGCAGCGCUUCCUGCCAGUCUCUUCCCGCCUGGUGGGCCACUCUGCCUUCUCCCCCAGACACCUCUCGGAGCCCGGCCUUGGCAUCUUGUUGGAGAGUUACUACGAGCACGAGGUGCGCCUGUCGCCUCACGUGCUGGGCCACAGCAAGGCGCACGUGAGCCGGAUCGUGGGCGAGCUGGUUCGGGCUGGCCGAAUCCGGGGGUCCCCAGGCCCAAUCUCCGGGGGAGCGUUGGCUUUGGCCUUCCGCGGGGACUUCAUCCAGGUGGGCAGUGCCUACGAGCAGCACAAGAUCCGCCGGCCGGACAGCUUCGACGUGCUGGUGCCCCUGCGCCUGCCGCCGCUGGUCGCGCUGGAGCCGCGGAGCCUGGGCGCAGAGCCUGCUCUGGCCCCCGCCUUCCACAGCUGCUUCGUGUGCGCCCUCAAGGCACCGCCCUCGCCGUCUGGAACCUCAGGGGGCCACUGGCUCCGGAACUGCAAGCCCUUCGCAGACAGCUUCUGCGUGGAUGUCCAUGGCCAGCGCCACCUCUCUGCCACUUUGGUGCUGCGCUGGUUCCAGUCUCACCUGCAGCGCUCCCUGGCCACCGUGCGCUACAAACUGGAAGAGUGCUGUCGGGUCAGCCUGACCCCUGGUGGCCUGGAGCAGCCUCCUACCCUACACAUCCUGCCGUGCCGCACGGAUUAUGGCUGCUGCCGCCUUUCCAUGGCCGUACGUCUCAUCCCUGCGGUCCAUCUCGGGGACUGCGUCUUCCUGGUGGCACCACCUCCGCCGCCCUCCCCUGUCGGGCCCCUCUCCGAGCUCCCGGGAGGCCUGCGCUCCGAGGCACUGUGGGGUGUGAACACAGCGCGCCAGGAGCAGAAGCUGCUGGGCUGGCUUCAGGAACGGGCCGCUCCAGGCGCCUGCUACCUCAAGUGCCUGCAGUUGCUGAAAGCUCUGCGAGAUCUGGGUGCCCGCGGGCUGGACCCGACGGCUGCCACCCAGUGGGGACACAUGCUAUCCUCAUAUGUGCUCAAGACCGUGGUGCUGACGGUGUUGCUGCACGAGGGGACUGCAGGGCCAGGCUGGGAUGAGGCACACCUGAGCGAAUGCUUGGAGGAGCUGGUGCAGUUCCUCAAGGCCUGCCUGCUGGGACGCCAGACUCUCUUCCACUGCGUCCUGGGCCCGGGUGGGGCGGCCGCAGAAGUGGGGCCUCUGCCCAAGGUACUUCGAGAAGCUGCCCCCGUGGACCUCCUGGCCGCUUUCGACCUGCACACCCGGGAGCUAGCAGCAGCGAGGUUGCUGUCCACUUGGCGAAGGCUGCCUCAGCUUCUCCGGGCCUAUGGUGGUCCUCGAUAUCUUGCCAGGUGCCCCCCUUCUUGGAGUCAGCGCACUCAGGGGUUCCCUGAACAGGAACCAUAGACACUGACAGCCCCCUCAUCUGCUGAAUGCUCCUAGAGCCUUUCCCACGGGUGGGGGCUGGGGUAUGGAGAGAGGGAUUACACUCUCAGUGGGCCGAGGGAGAUGUUGGCCAACUUGGGGAAUGCCACAGGCUCCGGUGGCUUAGAUGUUUCACACCCUGGCUCCACAACCCAGUGUAGUUACUGCAUCUUCUUUACACCCGCUAGAGUGUCCUGGGUAGACCAGGGAAUGACACCUGACUGCAGCUACUGAGAGUUUGUCCCCUUGAUGUCCGUGCACAGCCUGGUAGAAAGAUCCAGCUUGUAGGGAAGGCUAGCAAAGGAGGCGGGACCAAUUGCAGAGAAAGGUCCCUUUGCUGGUUUUCAGACAUAGAUCUCUCUGCCCUAAAGUUUUUAAACAUGAGUAUUUCUGACAUACCUAUUUGCUAGGUACUGGGUUGCCAAUUCCUUUUAUUUUUUUUUUUUCUGAAUCCACAACUGGAAUCGAAGUUAUGUUCCACAGUUAAUAUUCUGUGGAACAUCAUUCCUUCAUUCAGAUUAAUAUUAAUGUACUUCAAUGGUGUAAUCACAGGUGCCUGAUAGGAUUGUCAGUAAGUCACGUGUCUUGAGAGGCAAUUGAGAGUUGGUUGGAGAGGUUUCCAGAGCAAAUAGCACUUUAUAUUGAUUGGUUUUCUUGUUUUGUGGUGAUUGUUAUGUUGCAUCUGAAAGGGGGCCAGGAACAUGUGUUAUGAAGUCAUGUGCAGUUUCGAAAAGCAGCCGACGUGAUCUCUUACCACCCAGCAGCCACAAGCUGAGCUGUGUCCCAGUCACACAGCACCAGUUCAUCGAGUGCCUGAGCAACAAAAUCCGUAAUUAAGACCAUGCUGGCGAAGCCAUCAAACGUGUUGUGUCUUGAAAAAGAUACAGUUUGGUCUUUGCCUAUUAAAAUGUCUGGCAAGGGUUUGCUGCUGGCUGGACACAGAAACCUUUUCUGACUUUACGGGUUUUUAGCAGACUCCUCUGCAAAGGUUUCUUUCUGAGUUUAAGGAGAGAAUGGAGAGGAAAUGAACGGUCUUCUCGUUGGCUGACAUGUUAUGGCUCCCAGUGCACAGUGAUGGUUCGUGGUUGGAAGGGACUUCUCACUUGUCCAGGCAGCCCGUGGUCCCAAGGGGCCAGCUUUGAGGGGCUCUUGAUUUAGCCUGUGUCUUGCAAAAGACAGAGUUCAGUAUCUUAGGAUCUGUGCUUGGAUGUCACUUACUUCCAAGCAGUGGGCAGAGGAGGUAGAGGGUAGAGGAACUAAGUUAGAGGAAGAGCAAAGGAAACAGUCUUUGAGAGAAGUCAUCUCUUUUUGGGGGUGGGGGAGAAGUACCCCAGGGUUGGAUGUUGUUGUGCAGCCCGGAGGAGCCCGUUUGCUCACAAUUCAAGGUUAGAAUGGCCCAUCACCUGCUUGCCUGGCUAAAAGUGCAGCCAGUCUCAGCAUUGAAGGUACUUGGAGAUUUUUUUUUUUUUUUUUAAAAACAACAACAAAGACAUGUGCUUCCUUAGACUCUCAAAAGCAAAACUUGGAAGACAGAAGUAGUUACACGAAUAGACCCCUUGUUUCAUUUCUGAGCUAUUUUGAGGAACUUCUAUAAACCUCUUUUCUUUAGGGGACCGCUUGGCCGCUGUGGGAAAUCAUUGUGAAUAAAUGAUUUACAGGGAAUCUUUGUCAUCAGAGCUGCCUGGGCUUCUUGUAUCCUUGGCAACCGUGGGCUGAAGGAGAAACAGCUGCAGAUGUUGUGAGGUUGUUCUGGGGACCAUUCCCCUUGACGCUCCGAAGUUCAUUCUUAGCUUUGGAGGCUAAUGUUAUAUCAUACGGUACUGCAUUGAGCAAAAGGAUUAGUCCACCAGCUUCCUGCAAAGAUACGAACUGCACAGUGUUUUUAAAAAUUACUUUUAAGUGCCAAGAGUAGAUUAUAUAUAUUUCCAUACUCAGCCUGACUUCCCCAGUAGUCAUUAAAUCUGCUCGGGGUGGGGGGGCUAUUGGAUGGAUUAUAAAGCUUUAUUUUUUUAUUUUUUGGAUUAUAAAGCUUUAAAAGUUAAAUUUUCCACAUAGGUCUAGCUGAGAUAAUGGGUUCCUUUUUAAAAAUUGUAAUAAUAUUUUAAAGUAUAAAUCUGGUAACAUACUAUUCUUAUAGUUUAUUCUGGUAUGAUUGCUUUCAGGUUAAUUAGUGCCUCAUCCAUCCUCGAGGUUUUUAAAUUUUAUUUUUUUAAAUUAAUGAGCAUUGUAUUUGUGUAGUUUUAAAAUAUUAAUGUUUUAUUUAAAUGCCAUGCCGAGCAAUUGUUCUCCGUACAUGGUAGCCAAAACUUAGAGAUUUCGAUCAAUUUUGAUCAAUGUUUAGUAAUCCAAAACAUGUACUGUGUACAAAUGAAAUAAUAUGGCAUUUUAGCCAGGCGUGAUCCUUGCCUGGGGCAUUUAAGUUAAGCUCAAUUCUGUAUUUUAUUGGGGCUUCAUCACAUCCUUCAUCUGAAAUGUACACAUUUUUGGUGUAUGCUUGGUACUGGAGAUUCAUGUAUGCAAAUAUUCUCAUAUAAGAAGGUGAUACCAAAAUGUUUUUAAUUGCUUAGCCAGUGGCCAAAGAAAAUGUUCUGGGGAAGAUGACUCAGGCAUUUUGGGGUGAGACACCCGGCAGGAACUCCCACUGACCGGGCUUGGAGCCUUCUUGGAAUGCUCUUGAGAGGAGAUGGGUAUUGCAAAAUGGAACUAUAGCUGAAAGAAAGAAUGCAUGGGAGCUAAGAGAAAUUGGAGGAAUUCAGGAAGGAAGGCUUAUGAUGGAAGUGGAAGGAAGAGAAGGUAGAAGGGAGAUUAGGUGAAAUCCUAUGAGGAUGUGAGCGAGGUUUGGGUUUAGAAAACACAUUUUUUAGGUAUGUGCCAAGAGUCAAAAACUCAGUAGCCUGCAGGAACUAGGGAGGGGGAGGGAAGGGGUGAGAAGGUGGUGGGAGCUGAGCCCAAAAAAGGGAAUAAAAAUUACUCAGCUCCAUGCAGGAAAGGGGAAGGAGGGGCUGGAAAUCAGGACUUUUUUUUUUUUUUUUAAAGGUGAAAUUAACUGAUUUUUAAACAAAUACGUUUAAAAUGGCCAAAACAUUGAGUAGGCCAGACAAAACAUUUGGCUGAGCCUGGGGACUACCAACUUGCGACAACUGCCUUACACAGUUAACACCCCCAACUACGUAUGACGUUAUAUUCUUUGCAGUAGAGAUGAUGGUGUUAUACAUAGUUGAGGGUGUGAUACUUCAAUUCUUUAUCUCUCAGACUGAAGUUUUAUUGUAGGACCCCCCCCCCCAUAAAAAAAUUAACACGGCCACGGAUAACACUAAACUCACAGCUGCCAGAAAAACCUCAAUUCUGGAGCCGUUCUUUUGAGUCAGAUCCUCCAUCAACCUACCCAGGGCCUGUUCUUGUCAUUUCCUUCCUGGCAAUUUGGGCUAAACUCCUUCGCUCCAUUGGAGUCUGCAGAUGAGUAAUCAGGAAGGAUUGCAGAAUAACUUGGUUUUUUGUAUUUAUUAAAAUUAUUUUUUUGCUCAUGCUAUCCCAGCCCGUGCCUUUCUGAUGAUGGUUGGUGGCUACAAAAACAGAGCUGGGGCUCUGGGCUAAGCUUAGAUUUGCCCCAUUCCUAAUGCUGAGAACCCAGUUCUGGUCAGAUUCCACUGUCCAGGAUUUGGAUCCCUUUCUGGCUUGAUGGCUCCCACCAAAAUGAACAUCCUACAACUCAGGAGGCACCCACCAAACAUGCUUCCAGGGCAUCUCGGGUAACCUGGAGUAGGAUACCUUUUUCUUUUGCAUGUGACUCUGACCUGGCCGACGAUAAUCUUCUCAUCUCUACUCCUAUGAAGAUUUUUUUUCCCCCACUGAUAGAGAAAGUGAACCUCAUUCACAUUUCCAGUGGUCCUCAGGAGGGAAACAAGUUCAGUGUUAUCAAUGUGGUGCUUGUUAUUUUUUUUUGAAAUCACUUGUCUGUGACUUAGAUACAUGUUUGUUUUUUUAUAUCUACAUAACAGAUGAUGGGGUGGGGCUGGUGCAAGUGCCAAUUGGGAGAGGACGGACGAUAUGCAAUCACGUGUACAGAGAAAAUAGAUGAAAAUGUGCCGCGAAACCCUAUAUAAUGUAUCAGAUAUUCAGGAAUAUUUUAGCACCUUUCGCCUUAAAGAAGUGCCUUGAUUCAGUCACUCGACUUAGAACACUCCUCCUGUUUCAUGGUCAUUGUAAUGUGUCUUCUGACCCCAAAUUGUGUAUUGUAAUGCAAUCUGGAAGUGGAAGUCAAAAGUUUUUUCCAACAACAGAGACCAAAGAGUUAAUCACAUAUGGUUCAGCUGCUAAGAUUUUGUGAUUAAAAGGCAUUUUAAUCACACCACAUUUCCAUGACCCAAAUGGUCAAGCAAGGUCUGCUGUUAGUUUUGUGUGCCAAGUCGGAGUAAAUUUGCACUUUCAAUCUCGUGGGUCAUUUGGGGACCUUGUUCUUUUACAUUUUGCUGUAUUAAUAAAGAAAAUUGUGGAAA